ACUUCCGCCCCAUGAGGACGCCGUAGCAGCCAUCUUUUCUCUGAUUGUAGGGUUUCGGGUCUGCUGUUCACGACCCGUUCAAACUUCCCCGGAACGCCCCCGGGGCCAGCAGCCACCAGCCUUUCACUGGGAGAGAAAGAGGAGCAGCGGCUAAAAACGGAGCCCUGACUUCUCAAAAAGCACUGCAGGGAGGAGGCAACAGAGCCCCACUCUGUCUUCCUAGGAUUCUGUUUCUCCAGAAGGAAAGAGAAAAUGAGCUUGUUCAAGGAGGCAGUGACGUUCAGGGAUGUGGCAGUGGCCUUCACGGAGGAGGAGCUGGGACUGCUGGACUCUGCCCAGAGGAAGCUGUACCAGGAUGUGAUGUUAGAAAACUUCAGGAACCUGGUCUCCGUGGGACACCAAUCCUUGAAACAAGAUAAAUGGCGUAUAGAAAGAGAAGAGAAGCUUUGGUCGAUGAAGACUGCAGCCCAGAUGGAGAGAAAUGUGGGAGGGAACAGUCAAAGUGAGCUGAGGACUCUUCAAGACAGAGGACCACGUGAAGAGCUUUCCUGCUGGCAAAUCUGGCAACACAUCGCAAGUGACCUAACCAGAUGGCAGAACUCCAUGAGAAAUAGUUCUCAGUUUCACAAGCAGGGUGAUUCCCCCUGCCAGCUUGGAGCGGGACUGUCUAUUCAAAUUUCUGAAGAUGAGAACUGUAUGCUAAAUUGUAAAGUGGCUGGUCCCAGUGGUACUGAAAACUCAGAGUUUCCAAUUCUGAGAGUCCAGGACUCUUGGAGGAAAACGUCUUUGACUGAGUCGCAGAGUUAUCAGAACAGAUAUCAGCAAAUGUCCAUGAAAAAUCAUCUGUGUCGGUGUAAACGAGAUGUUGACGCGAUCGGUUGGAUUUCACAUCCCCUUAAUCAUGGAAUACACAGAAGUGACAAAUCUUAUUGCCACGAUGAUUAUGAGAAAGACGGCGUGAAGGUUUCAGCAUCGAACCAGGAUAGUGUGAUUCACACAGGACAGAAACCUUACCGAUGUAAUGAAUGUGAAAAAACCUUCAGUGACCUCUCCACCUUUGAUCUUCAUAAACAGUUACACUCAAAGGUGAAGCCUCAUACAUGUAGUGAGUGUGGGAAAGGCUUCCGUUAUAGCUCAGUUCUUCGUAUUCAUCAGAAAGUUCACAUGGGACAGAAAGGCUAUACGUGUGGUGAGUGCGGCAAGGGAUUCAGUCAGAACUCACUUCUGCAAACCCAUCAGAAUGUCCACACUGUAGAGAAGCCAUUCAGGUGUGAGGACUGUGGGAAAGCCUUUGGUCGUAGAUCAGCACUUACUGUUCAUUGCAAAGUCCACACAGGAGAAAAACCUUAUAGUUGUGAGGAGUGUGGGAGGGCCUUCAGUCAGGCCUCUCAUCUGCAGGACCAUCAGAGGGUCCACACUGGGGAGAAACCAUUCAGAUGUGAUGCGUGUGGUAAAAGCUUCAGUCGGAAUUCACAUCUUCAAUCCCAUCAGAGAGUCCAUACAGGAGAGAAACCAUACAAAUGUGAGGAGUGUGGGAAGGGCUUCAUUUGUAGCUCAAAUCUAUACAUUCAUCAGAGGGUCCACACAGGAGAAAAGCCCUACAAAUGUGAGGAAUGUGGUAAAGGCUUUAGUCGGCCUUCAAGUCUUCAGGCCCAUCAGGGAGUCCACACUGGAGAGAAAUCCUACAUAUGUAAUGUGUGUGGUAAAGGCUUUACUCUGAGUUCAAAUCUUCAAGCCCAUCAGAGAGUCCAUACAGGAGAAAAACCAUACAAAUGCAAUGAGUGUGGGAAGAGCUUCAGGAGGAACUCCCAUUAUCAAGUUCAUCUGGUAGUCCACACAGGGGAGAAACCCUACAAAUGUGAGGUAUGUGGGAAGGGCUUCAGUCAGAGUUCAUAUCUUCAAAUCCAUCUGAAGGCCCACAGCGUGGAGAAACCUUACAAGUGUGAGGAAUGCGGGCAGGGCUUCAAUCAGAGUUCCCGACUUCAGAUUCACCAGCUGAUCCACACCGGAGAGAAGCCACACAAAUGUGAAGAGUGUGGGAAGGGAUUCAGUCGUAGAGCAGAUCUCAAAAUUCACUGUAGAAUCCACACAGGAGAGAAACCGUAUAAUUGUGAGGAGUGUGGGAAGGUAUUCAGGCAGGCCUCAAAUCUUCUGGCACAUCAGAGAGUUCACAGCGGAGAGAAACCUUUUAAAUGUGAAGAGUGCGGGAAGAGCUUUGGUCGCAGUUCACACCUGCAAGCCCACCAAAAAGUGCACACUGGAGAAAAGCCAUACAAGUGUGAGGAGUGUGGGAAGGGCUUCAAGUGGAGCUUGAAUCUGGACAUGCAUCAGAGGGUCCACACAGGAGAGAAACCCUACAAGUGUGGGGAGUGUGGUAAGCACUUCAGUCAGGCCUCAAGUCUUCAGCUGCAUCAGAGCGUCCACACCGGAGAGAAACCGUACAAAUGUGAUGUGUGCGGCAAGGUCUUCAGUCGCUCUUCACAGCUACAGUCUCAUCAGAGAGUUCACACAGGGGAGAAACCUUACAAGUGUGAGACCUGUGGUAAGAGCUUCAGCUGGCGAUCCAACCUUACCAUUCAUCACAGAAUCCACGCCGGUGAUAAAUCUUAUAAAAGCAAUAGGAGUGGUAAGAACAGCAGAGAAUCUACACAGGAAAAUAGUUGCAUAAAAUAAUGUUUUAAAAAGAAAA